AUGGUCGGCGCUCCCUCUGCUGCCGCCAGUUUGGUCGGCUUCCUCUCCGAGCCCGACACAGCGCUGCAGGUCUUCGCUUUGGAUGAGCUGAACAAGGACAUGGACAACAUCUGGACUGAGGCUCUCUACGAAGACGAAUCAUUCCCCGACCGUGAACUGGCAGCGCUUGUGGCGGCCAAGGUCUACUAUCAGCUCCAGGAGUACAACGAGUCUAUGGUCUUUGCCCUCGGCGCCGGCAAGCUCUUCCGUCUCGACCACCAGGGCGAGUUUGAAGAGACUAUCGUUGCCAAGUGCAUCGACACGUACGUCGCCCUCUCAGCGCUUCAGAACCCUCCCACUCCCUCAAGUUCCGUGCCAUCGGCAUCCCACAACGACUCAUCGCUACCCGCUGCCAACGGCAGUGCCAACACCACGACCCCCUUCUCGCAAUCAUCCGCACCACCGAAGUCCCUUCUAUCUCGCGAAGCCGAUGGCGUUCAGAUCGAAGGUGCAGCCGCCGGAGUCUCUGGCUCACACCCUUCUCCCAACUCACUCUCGCCCACUACGCAAAAGAGCCUCCACGGUGUCAUUCAGCGCAUCUUCGAGUCAUGUUAUCAGUCCGGCGCAUACCGUCACGUUGUAGGCAUUGCCAUCGAAGCACGCAACCGUCAAGUUCUGAAGGAUGCCAUCCUGCGCUGUGGCAAGGACAAGCAAAGCACCGACGAAUUGAUGGAGUACGUGCUCGACAUCUGCAUGAACGUGGUACAAGAGCGUGGUCUAAGAGACGAAAUCUUGCAGCUCAUCCUCGAGCUGCUCAACGACAUCCCCGACCCCGAUUACUUUGCUAUCGCUCGAUGCGUUGUACAUCUUGGUCAGCACUCUAUGGCUAGCAACAUGCUGCGCCAGCUCGUCCAGAAGGCCGACGCAAAGUCCCUCGCAAUUGCAUACCAGUUGUCUUUCGAUCUGUAUGAGAACGGUACCCAAGAAUUUUUGAUUCGCGUUAUGGAGGAACUGCCUUCGAGCGACGACAAGUCGCCCGAGCCCACAAGUGAAGGCGCCGACGAUGCUGAUGAGUCUACCCAGCUCUUGUCUGAGUUGCGUAGGAGCACAGGACCUUCGGGAGCAAAGGCUAGCACAGCAGAGGAGAAGAAGGCAUUCAACUCAAUACGCGACAUCCUCCGUGGCACCACUAGCAUCGAGCUGAAUCUUGAGUUCCUCUUCCGCAACAGCCACACGGACAAGCACAUUCUCAACAAGGUCCGCGACAGCCUCGAGGCUCGCAACUCCAUCUUCCACACCGCAGUCACCUUCUCCAACGCUUUCAUGAACUCUGGUACUACCGUCGACACCUUCUUCCGCGACAAUCUCGAGUGGCUGGGCAAGGCCGUGAACUGGUCAAAGUUCACCGCCACUGCUGCUCUUGGUGUCAUCCACAGAGGAAACUUGGCAAACGGCCGCAAGCUUCUUGAGCCUUAUCUUCCCAAGCGCAAUGCUGUCCCCGGUUCAGGUUCCCCUUACAGCCAGGGUGGUUCUCUCUACGCUCUGGGUCUCAUCUACUCCAACCACGGCACCAACGUGCUUGACUACCUCCUCGAGCAGUUCAAGGAUACUCAAGAAGAGGUUGUUCAGCAUGGUGGCGCUCUCGGUCUUGGUGUCGCUGGUAUGGCCACUGGUUCCGAAGACAUCUACGAGGCUCUCAAGGGCGUUCUCUACAGCGAUUCGGCCAUCAACGGUGAAGCUGUCGGUCUUGCCAUGGGUCUUGUCAUGCUCGGCACUGGCAACACCAGAGCUCUUGAGGAUAUGAUCCAAUAUGCUCACGAUACACAGCACGAGAAGAUUGUGCGCGGUCUUGCUAUGGGUAUGGCUUUGAUCAUGUACAACCGCCAAGAAGGUGCCGACGAGCUCAUUAAUGGUCUGCUCGACGACGCUGACCCGACACUGAGAUAUGGUGGUAUCUUCACUGUUGCCCUUGCCUACUGUGGUACCAGCAGCAACAAGGCCGUCAGAAAGCUGCUCCACGUUGCUGUCAGCGAUGUCAGUGAUGAUGUUCGCCGUGCUGCAGUCAUGUCAUUAGGUUUCGUUCUCUUCCGCAAGCCUGGUGCCGUUCCUCGCAUGGUCGAGCUCCUUUCCGAGUCCUACAACCCUCACGUCAGAUAUGGUGCCACCAUGGCUCUUGGUAUCGCAUGUGCCGGAACUGGUCUGGAUGAGGCCAUCGAUCUUCUCGAGCCCAUGAUGAAGGACUCUGUCGACUUCGUUCGUCAGGGUGCUCUUAUCUCACUGUCGAUGAUCAUGGUCCAGCAGAAUGAAGCCAUGAACCCCAAGGUUGGCACAAUUCGCAAGACUCUGCAAAAGAUUAUCAGCGACAGACACGAGGAUGCUAUGUGCAAGUUUGGUUGCGCUCUUGCUCUCGGUAUCAUCGAUGCUGGUGGUCGUAACUGCACCAUUGGCCUGCAAACUCCUACCGGCAACCUCAACAUGUCCGCCAUUGUCGGUAUGGCCGUCUUCACCCAGUACUGGUACUGGUUCCCUCUUACCCACUUCCUCACCCUUUCCUUCACACCUACCGCCAUCAUCGGUGUCGACUCGGACCUUGAGAUCCCAUCGUUCAAGUUCCACAGCAACACCCGUCCCAGUGUGUUCGACUACCCGCCUGAAGCUGAAGUCAAGACCGAGGAGGCUCCCGAGAAGGUCAAGACUGCCAUCCUGUCAACAACAGCACAUGCCAAGCGUAGAGAACAAGCAAAGAAGAGACAAGCUAGACGCGAGAGCAUGGACAUUGACAUGACACCUACAACCCCCAAAGUCGAGUCCGGUGACAAGAUGGAUAUGGACGACAACGUCAUUGACACAGCCAAGCUUGCCGAGGAAAAGGGCGAGGCUGCUCCCACGGAAGGCAGCACAAAGAAGAAGGCCGAGCGUGAAAAGGUGGGCUACGACCUGGAAAACAUGAGCCGCGUCCUUCCUGCACAGAUCAAGUACAUUUCGUUUGCACAGGAUGGUCGCUACCAACCAGUGAAGAAGCCCACUGGUGGUGUCAUCCUCUUACACGACACUCAGUCAUCAGAGUCCAAGUCUCUGCUUGAGCUCAAGGCCAAGAAGAAGACCAACAACGCCGCUGCUGCACCUGUCGUUGGCGGAUCAUCACAACAGGAGACACCGUUCACUCCUGCCCGCCAGACCGGUGAUGACGCUCUUGCGGCGUUGGGCUUCGGUGCCGCAGCAGGUGUCGGCGCAGCUGCCGCAUCUGGUGUGCUCAAUGCAGUGGAUGAGGAUGUGGAAGGAGGCGAGGAGGCAGAAGUUCCUGAGGAGUUCGAAGUCGAGGAUGAGGACAUGGUUGAUGACGAAUAG